AUGUUUAUUGUAUUUCUACUCGUGUUGAUUCCACUGGCUGUUCUUAGCUGUUCUGCAGUCUCACCUGGUCAAGAAGCUCAGGUUAUGUUUCAAGCAGAUGGACUCAUAACAAUACCUGUAGAAUUUGCUUAUUCGUUCGCAAAAGUGGAUGUGCUUGAUAAAUUCCCAAAAUUCUCUACAACUUCUUCAGAUUCCAUUAAAAAUCUACAGACAUACAUGAAAAAUGCGGUCAAGUUAGCAAUCACUGAGGAGGCAAAGAGGGCAGGUGUCGAGAAUCUUGUGUCGGAUAUAGCGAAUCAAAUCACUCCGACCGUUCACUAUAGCCCUAUGAACUGUUCGAAAGCCGAUAGCAAAGCUAUUGCUCCAAGUGGACCUGGUUACGCUUGUGUUGUGAUAAACGACGUUAUUACAAAUGUGUCAUACGAUGCACAAAAUGCAGUGGAAAUCCCGGAACAAUUUCAGCAAUUCAUAGUGUCACUUACAGUAUUGCGAUACAUGUGGACAGUCACAGUCCGAUAA